GCCUCCCAUGACUCCCAGGAGUUCUGCGAGACUGCGAGGCAAUCUGCGAGGAGUCCUCCUCUUGUCUGUCACACUGUACAUAUACUCCUCAGAAAGCGAGAGACAGGCACUAUUAGAGACCCAUUCUUAGAAGUAGUACCCGCUCAUCUUCAACGUCAAACACACCGGGCGGUUGUUUCCCCGGAAGCUGCCCGGAAGUCUGCCCGGAAGUGUCCACAUUUCAAGACCAGAAAGCAGUGUCGGCGGGCAUCGGAGUUGAGAGGGAUAUUCUCGGUGCUGUGUACAGAUACCAGACGCCCAAGCAGACGCAGGACGUCCGCUCUAAGUGCUGGAAAGGAGAAGACUCGAGAAAGCAUGCUCCGCAGAGCAGCCAGGUCCUUAGGGAGGGGCGCUAGCGUCCAAUGUUGUCCCAGCGCAUCCUUACGAUACACCUUCGCAAAGUUACCAUAUAUUCCGUCUUCACAUUCCCGCUGUCUUUCAACAUCGUUCUCAACAGGACGGUAUUUCUCCAACCUGCCCUCCGACACCGACCAUGAAGAUCGUCUAAGCUCCUCUUCGCCAAGCUCCUUACUUACGGACGAUUACGACGACCGAGGACCCACCCCGGAACCUCCACCGGCGCCUACGCCGCAUCUCCGCCCACGGGAAGUUCCAAAUCUGCUUGAAUCAUCUCUCCCACCACUAUCAUCCAGUAUCUCAACAGAGGGAGAAACUGCCCAAACGAUUGGGCUUGUUCGGGGGGGACUGGCGGGAAGUUCGAACGUUGCGGGUAGCGGACAAUUCGACAUCACGCGGUAUUCGAAAAUGCUGCAGACGGAAGGGUUCACGGCACCGCAGGCGGACGCUAUCCUGCAGCUGGUAAACGAGGCUGUGUCCGAAAGCAUGGAAAACAUCGGUCGCUCCAUGGUAACAAAAACCGAACAGGCUGAAGAAGUCUCCGACGCCGAACGCGAUUUCGCCCAACUCCGCGCCGACAUCCAGAUGCUCGAAAAGCGCGAUUUCGCCGUGCUCCGCGGCGAGCUCGAACGGAUUCUCGCCGAAGUUGAGCGCAUGAAACAGGGUAUGCGCGAUGAAGUAUCAAGGGUACAUGGUGGGGUGCGACUGGAUAUCAAUCUGGAGAAGGCGAGGAUCCAGGAUGAGGCGGCGCAGUUGAAGGAUCUUGUGGCGAAAGCGGAGGCCAGAAUUGAUCAGGAGAUUGACAUUUUAACGAAUCGAAUGGUGCAUAUUCGUGAUGGGACGAAAGCGAGCUUGAAACGUAUGUAUUCUUUUUCAUUGAUGGUGAAGAGGGAGCGGAUGGCACGUUCCAGGAACUAACACACUUGUCGUUGUAGAAUUCAUGGGAAUC